AUGGGGGGCUUUGCGGAACAAGCUACCUCCAUUCUGGAGCAAAUGGCGAACAAGGUUGCCGUUGAAAUUAAGAACAUUGUCAUUUCCUCCAACAUUCAGCAAGAAUUUUUUACUUUCGACGAAGGAAACACUCUAAUUUCAUCGCAGGAUUUGUUGAUCCAUCAUAUUGAAGCAUUCAUGACAUUGCUGGUUCAAGAGGCUGCCAAUGACAUCUGCCAGCUUUUCUGCGAAUGUUCCUCUUUGCUGCGCUCGCAAGUAAGUCAUGGGGAGGCGCAGGUGGAGGAACUGAAGAAUAGGUUGGAUGUGGCAGAAAAGUCGCUGAGUAUGAUCUUGGAAAAUGCUUGUGCUGUCGUAGUGGAUACGGAGGCACAAGAGGGUGGAGGAGUGGCGGAAAUAUUGCAAUUAGAGACACAAAGCACAGCCAUGCCCGGAGAAGUCGAAAAGUCGGCCAUCCUUGAUGUAACACCAUAUGAGGACAUGCUAUUAGAACCAACACAGAUCAUCAUUGUUGACGAGAUGCCCUUAGGUUCUGACCAGCAGGAAACUAAAUCUGCCCCAGAUGACCACCACGUUGACGUAGACUUUGAGAGACUGGAAUAUGCCACCGAUGCCGACCAAACGAGCCAAACUAAAAGCAAAGAACCAGACGGCCAUCAGCUCAAUACUCUUCAGGUGCGGCCCCGACUUGAAAAGAAGUUCAUGUGCUCACUGUGCGGAUGCAGCUUCCCCCUCCAGCGUAGCCUCAACGCGCACAUGCGGCAGCACACAGGUCAGGGUCAGCACACAGGCAAGCGUGCUCACACAUGCAACACGUGUGGUAAGGGCUUCACACUCAGGCAGAUCCUGCUGGACCACCAACGAUUGCACAACGAUGAUCGACCUUACAAGUGCACGCAGUGCGACAAGAGCUUCUACCGAGUGAACGGCCUGAAGAUGCACAAACGCUUGCACGCCAUUCGGUGCGUACGCACCGGCGAGCACCGCUGCCACGUCUGUGAGAAGAAGUUCAGUCUCCAAAGCAACCUACGGCGCCACAUGCGCAUCCACACGGGUGAAAAACCUUACUGCUGCGACACGUGCGGGAAGAGUUUCAACCAAGCCGACACGCUGAAGAUUCACCAGCGGAUCCACACUGGGGAGCGGCCGUUCAUAUGCGAGACCUGCGGAAAGACUUUCAUCCAAAAGGGGACCCUCAAGGCACACACCGACGCCGCCUCACCUGCUUGUGUGGCAUGCGGCGCUGUGGCGGCUUGCGCCGAUGCAAUGCGCAUCCACAUUCAGACUCAUGCUGACGGCGUGCAGUGCGCCUGCAUGCUGUGUGGCCACUGGCUGACCACGGUGGCAGAGUUGCGCUCGCACCAGCAGGAGCACCAAACGGCGACUCGGGCACACGGCUGCACCAUGUGCGGGAAAAGAUUCAUGUCGGCGAGUUACUUGAAGAUACACCUCCGCCUGCACACUGGAGUCAAAAAGCCCUUCUCCUGCAACGUUUGUCUUCGCACAUUUUCACAGCUCAGCAGCCUCAAGUUGCACCAGGAAAUACACAUAGGUGAAAAGCCUUACUCUUGCGAUAAGUGCGGCAAGUCUUAUAGCGAUGUGAGCCUCUUGACGCGCCACAGGUGCAACAUCAAUGCUGAGAAGGGAACGGUCAUGGACGAGAAAGUGUACACUUGCGAAAUAUGCAACAAACACUUCAAGCAUGCCCCCAACUUGAUCCGCCACCGUCGAAUCCACACCGGCGAGAAGCCGUACGUCUGCAAAGUGUGCGGCCGCAGCUUCAACCAGAGCAACAGCCUCAAAGCCCACCAGCUGACCCACACAGGCCUCAAGAGGUUCAUCUGCGGGAGCUGCAACAAAGGCUUCAGUGACAAGAGAAACCUCAAAAGCCACAAAUGCAGCUAUUAUUUGACUGCCUGA